AUGCCUCACCGAAAUUCAGUGGAGAGGGUGAACAGUCAUGAUAUGGACUUGGUCACAAAUGCUUUCCGAACGCUAUCUGAACGCGUCAGACACCACCACAUGUCUCCUGAAACUGCAAAGAUUACGAAUAGUCCAAGUGAGGAAUGGCUCUCGGACACCGAGAGACACAUCCCGUCGAGCAAGGGCAGGUCAUUGGAAGAUGUACUCCGCGACGCCGACGAGAUCUUCUCAUAUCGAAUGAACACGAUGCAUCCUCAAUUCUUUGCUUUCAUUCCGUCAGGAGCCACCCCCGUGUCUUGGCUGGGGGAUUCUCUCACUUCCGCAUACAAUUCCUACGCGGGAAGCUCAACGCCAGGAGCCGGUGUCUGUGCCGUGGAAAGAUCCAUGAUCGCAUGGAUUGCUGAACGGUUCGGCUUACCUCCAUCUGCGGGUGGCCAGUUUGUAUCUGGGGCAUCGAUGGCGACUCUGACUGCAGUUGCCGUUGCCAGAGACCAGCGCUUGCAGGUUGAGCUGCGACACAAAGCGACCGUAUAUAUAUCAGAAGAGGCACACUUUUGCAUUACCAAGGCGCUUCAUAUCAUCGGCUUGCAGGAUUUCCAAGUCCAGACUAUCCACUGCGAUUCAAAAUACUGCAUGGAUACCGACCGUCUUCGCCAAGCGAUAUCCGAAGAUAUCGCAGACGGCUGCAAGCCAUUCCUUGUUGUUGCCACGUGUGGGACAACGAGCACCGGCACCAUUGAUCCUCUGAGUGAAAUCGCAGACAUAGCCGACGAAUAUGGAUUAUGGAUGCACGUCGACGCCGCCUACGGUGGAUCGGCCGCAUUCUCCAGCGCCCAUCGAUCCCUCGUGAGCGGACUUGGCCGCGCAGAUAGCAUCGCCUGGGACCCCCACAAGUGGCUCUUUCAAACGUACGGCUGUGGCACUAUCCUCUUCCGCGAGAAAUCCCACCCCCUGCGGAGUUUUGCAUCCACAGCCCAUUUCUGCCGCGACGUCGAGAACGAAACGGAUCCCCAGAAUCCCUGGAAUUAUGGAAUUGAGCUGACGAGGCCCGCGCGCCAUAUGCGACUUUGGUUUAGUCUGCAGGUGCUUGGCAUGGACACGAUUGACGAGAUGAUUGGGCGAGGCUUCGAGUUAUCGGCCCUGGCUGAAGGCGAGAUCAAAAAGCUGGCAGAUUGGGUUAUCUUGGCCCCCACAUCCUUAGCCAUCGUGAACUUUCGCUUUGCCCCACACGGCGUGGAUGAAAGGCUUCUCGACCAGAUGAACACUCGCGUUGCGAAAGACUUGAUCGCUGACAACAUCGCGUUCAUACUCACCACUCAUCUGGGAGGGGUGGUUGGUCUCCGGAUGUGUACGAUCAAUCCGCGAACCACUGACGACGAUAUACGUCGUGUGGUGAGAGCACUUGAUUGCAGCGCCCAAGCGGCCUACGGGGAACUUUAUCGGGACCGUAAGUGA